CUGCUAGAUUGAAAUUCCUAGGUUGAAUUAGUGAACGCGGAUUUCAGGCUAUAUCAUUUCAUCCUGAUGAUCGUAGGCUACGUUCAUUGGUAGAAGAUAGCGCUAAGACGCCGUGGGACAAGGCUGUGAGACGACGCCGCUCCUUCCAGUGGCUCGCGGUAGAGGUUGAGAUUCUCGUGCUUGAGUCGCGUUUCAUGAUUAGACGACGAUGCAGCCGCUAGGUAGGUGACUGCCAGGGGGAAUAACGGAAAUCAGUCGUCGCCUUCCUUUUCACCGGCAACCAUCCUUCUACCCCUGAUUCAAUUCUGUGCUACACUAGUCUAGGCUGUUAGGACGGAGAGAAUCUGCUGGAGUUCUGCCGAUACGAUACCUAAGUAUUCCCAGUAGCUCGAGUUCCGACAUGGCGACGCGGAAUCGCACAGCCGUUUUCAUGAAACAUCGAGAUGCUCUCAAGUCAACCAGGCCGAACGCCGGAUCUACAGCAGCAGCUCGCGAUCUCGAUCAGGCGGAGAAGGGAUGGGGGAAGGCGAGAAAAGGAGGAGGCUAUGUCCAGCUGACUCGAUUAGACACGGGAGACAGGCUUUCCGCAGGGACGUCAGGAGCAGCAGCGUCGCAACCAGCCAGUUCCGGUGGGUUGGGAAGCCCGGGCCUACCCCCUGUGUGGGUAGAUGUGUCUGAUAAGAUCAAGGAGGAUAUGCAGCGGAUUAGGGGGAAGAUGGGUGAGCUCGCGAAAGUCCAGGCACGCGCUCUGCUACCGACGUUCGACACGGAUGAUGCGCGGGGGAAGAAGAACGAGCAUGAGCGAACUAUGGAGGUGCUCACAGCUGAGAUUACACGGUCUUUAAAGACGUGCGAGCAGCGGCUGCAGCGGCUGUCGCAAAAGGAUGCCACGUCAGCGGGGAAUGCGGCCAUUGCACGCAAUGUUCAGAGAUGCAUGGCCACCGACUUGCAACAACUCUCCAUGGAUUUCCGCAAGCAGACAAAGCAGUAUCUACGGCGACUGCAGCAGCAGCAGCAGCCACAAGAAAAGGCUGUGCUGGGCCGUGCUGGUGCUGGUGGGUCGUCAGGCAGGCUACAUGAAGUGUCGUCAAGCUCAACGCAAACAGAUGAUGAUGACUACUUUGACCCGGAGUUUGAGGAGCGGCAGUUGCUGCGAGUGAGGCAGAUGGAGAACGUCACAGCAGAGAGGGAGAAGGAAAUCCAAGAGAUAGUGCAAUCGGUGCAUGACCUCGCGCAGAUCAUGAAGGACAUUUCAGUGCUUGUCAUUGAUCAGGGAACCAUUGUUGACCGUAUUGAUUACAACAUCCAAAACAUAAGUGCAAAUGUGGAUAAGGGUGUGGAGGAGCUAAAAAAGGCUGAGAAGACCCAGAAGCAAUCAGCCCUCAUCUUCUGCAUACUUGUCCUUGUGGUUGCGGUUCUGGCCCUCUUUGUCAUUCUCAUCCUCAAGAAGCUCAUAUUUUGAUGAUACUCUCUCUGCAUCUCUUGUGGCCAAACGAGUGGCAUAAUUCGCGGAUAAGCUGCUACCCCGCGUGGAGCAGUAUGAAGUGAAUGGGUUUCGUACAGGUGCCCACAUUGUCGGCUAUAAGAGAUUCUUCCUUGAGUGUGCUUCGACAAGUUAAGGGUGCGCAUCAGUUUAUGCCCAGUGACUUAGUACACACACCCUGAACGUGUUCUCCUGUUGCCUCCUGUCGGGCUCAUCUCUUGGUUAUUGCCAAGUUGUAGUGAAACUUGUCGUCCGUAUGAACGUUGAGAAUGCACCCUCACCCU